UACUGAAUCUAGAAGCUUGAAAGCGGUGGUAACCGCCCGAUAUUUUCUUUCGUGUUCACCGUCUGGUUCUGUGACGAGUUUGUAGAAUUGGUUGUGCACUUGUGGUGCACGAGCUUCCUAGACCCCGGCGAGGACUAGGGAGGUCGAUAUGACCUGGUUAGGAUUUAGAGUCCUCGCGUCAGCGGUUUGUCUGACAGCGAUCGUCCAUGGGCAAAACUGGAAUGACUCGCGAUGGAGCCCUGAAGCGGUUAUACCACUCUCUCGAGGCGACAUAGAAAAGCCCGCAGAUUACAUAGGUAACGAAGAUGAAGACGAAGACGACCCUGACAGCUUCUACGAUCAUUGGAAUCGCCCCAUACGACCUACCGAUGGAUCAGAAACAACGAAUCCCGACAACUGGGACAACUGGGCGGAUAACGGCGACGGUUUGGACAGGACGCAACCCGAUUCGGUAGAUGACCCGCAAGAUCCUUACGCGAGCGAACGCCGAAGGCUCUAUUCGAACUACAGAAAUCGGGGCCGUUACGAUCCUUACGCGGCCCGCGAACGCCAAGGGGGUGAUUAUAAUUACAGCAGAACUAACGCGGCUGGAGGACAAGAUCCUUACGGCGAUGCGGGCAGAGGAGAAAGUGACAGUCGACGUGGAUACGAAGUCAAUCCCUCACCUCAGCCGACCGAUUCUACUUACACAUCCCAAGAUUCCGGAAGUACCGAUGGCAGACGUGGUUCGGCGUACGACUAUCGAGGAUCAGGAUACCAAGGAUCAAGAGGUGGAUAUCCUUACGGCAGACAGAGCAGCGGAUCAUCUGGAUCGGAUCCUUACGGCAGACAGAGUAGCGGUUCUUCAGGAAGCGAAUCGUCAGGAUCAGAUCCUUACGGCAGACAGAGCAGCGGAUCAUCUGGAUCAGAUCCUUACGGCAGACAGAGCAGCGGUUCUUCAGGAAGUGAAUCAUCUGGAUCGGAUCCUUACGGCAGACAGAGCAGCGGAUCAUCUGGAAGUGAAUCAUCUGGAUCAGAUCCUUACGGCAGACAGAGCAGCGGAUCAUCUGGAUCGGAUCCUUACAGCACACAGAGCACCGGUUCAGUCGGAUCGGAUCCUUACGGAAGAGAGAGCAGCGGUUCUUCAGGAUAUGGAGAACAGGAUGGAAGCUACAGCUACAGUCAAGACGGCGGAAGGGUCGGAGCAUACGACAGUCGGAGGGGAGGUGGGGUUCAAGGUCCCGGAGGAUUCUACGCUGGUAGACAGAGUGGUGGAUAUCGCGAUUCGGGAUUCGAAGGGCAAUCGAACACCGAAAACGAAAGUGGACGCGGUAGCUACAGCUCAGGAGGCGCAAGAGACGAUGGGGAUACGAACUACCCCAGUAGUUAUGUAGCGGUCCCCUUACCCGGCAGUACAGCCCCUAGGAAUUGUACUUCUGGAUCAGGAUGUUGCGUGCCUAAAUGUUUCGCAGAAAAAGGAGCCAGAGGAUUCCCAGGAGCUCCGGGACUCGAAGGACCCAAGGGUCAGCGAGGAUUUCCAGGACCUGAGGGUUUGCUCGGACCCAAGGGUGUCAAGGGAGAUCCUGGUCCUCAAGGCCCACGUGGUCUCAAGGGUGACAGAGGGAAAAUGGGUAUGCCCGGAUAUCCCGGUAUCAACGGUAUUCACGGUGUUGCGGGACCACCUGGACCACCUGGAGUUUCGGGGCGCGACGGUUGCAACGGAACUGACGGAGCCCCUGGGGUACAUGGACUCCCAGGAGAGCCGGGACCCCGUGGUAUCAGAGGACAGAGUGGAAUAAAGGGUGAAAAGGGUCAGCCAGCGUUUGCUGGUCCAUUUCCAACUGGGCAAAAGGGAGAACCUGGAAUUGACGGAGUUCGGGGACCUUCCGGAGUACCGGGGCCCCAGGGAGAUCCUGGAUACGAAGGACCCAAGGGUGACAGAGGGCCUAUUGGACCUCAAGGACCUAGAGGACCAAAGGGAGAGAAAGGUAAUAUGGGAGUUGGAUUCGAAGGAUUGAAAGGAGACAAGGGUGAAAGAGGAGAACCAGGGCCUGUGGGGAUGACGAUCCGAGAACCGUUUUCAUCCUCGAAUCAAAGCACCGGUCCUAUCGGAGACCCAGGUCCCAAGGGAGAAAAGGGAUAUACCGGACCCGACGGAGAAAAAGGAGAGCCAGGAUAUACGGGAGAUGCUGGUAUUCCCGGAGCUCCAGGUAGCAAGGGAGAAAAAGGUCUUCCAGGUCCUGUCGGUCUUCGCGGAAAAGAUGGAUUUUACGGCCCCCCUGGUCCUGCUGGACAGAAGGGAGAUCGAGGAGUCGACGGACUUGACGGGCUCGCGGGUCGCCCCGGUGCCAAAGGAGAACCUGGAAUUGACGGACCUGCGGGAGUUGCUGGAAUACGAGGACCUCCGGGUCCACCUGGAGGCGGAAAGGGGAGACCUGGACCACCUGGGCCACAGGGUCCUCGAGGAUUCCCAGGACCGACUGGGCCGAAAGGAUUGGAUGGUUUCCCCGGUUCUCCAGGGAUAAGAGGACCGAUUGGUCCCGUCGGUGGUCCUGGAACUCCUGGUAUUCCUGGAGCAGAAGGAGCUGCGGGCGAAAAAGGAGCGAAGGGUGAACCAGGACGGACAGGAUUCACGGGGGAGAUAGGACCUAGAGGGUUUGACGGGCCGGCAGGACCCACGGGACUUCAAGGCCCAACCGGCGAAGCUGGAUUUUCGAUUCCCGGAGCUAAAGGACUGGAUGGAAUUCCUGGAAGUGACGGAGAAAAGGGUCAGAAGGGAGAGACUGGUUUUCCGGGUCUCAGAGGACGUCCGGGUGAUUCUUUAGACGGUAUCCCCGGUGCUCCUGGAGCUAUCGGACCUCCCGGAGAAACCGGAGCUCCAGGUCGAGAUGGUACACCUGGAAUCCCCGGAGAACCGGGUGCCAAGGGUGACAUUGGUGGACGUUGCCGUGACUGCAGACCAGGCGCAAGAGGCGAAAAAGGAGAUCGCGGAAGUGACGGAUUUCCAGGACUACAAGGAGCUCCAGGACCAGCUGGCGAACGAGGAUACCCUGGAGAAAAUGGUGCCGAUGGGAUGCCAGGACCCGCUGGUCCCAUGGGAGACAAAGGAGCUGAUGGAUACAACGGAGCACCUGGACCCCAGGGAGAGAAGGGAGAUCCAACGAUCGUCUCGAGAGAUCAGUUGAAACCGAUUAAAGGGCAACCAGGAAUAAAGGGAGACAAAGGUAACAGAGGUCCCUUCGGUCCCGAUGGUCCUACCGGUGAAAAAGGAAGACCAGGUCUCCAAGGUUUCCCAGGUCAAAAGGGUGUGAAGGGUGAUCAAGGGUUCCCUGGAGUUGAAGGUACGUCCGGGAGACCGGGUAGUCCAGGAAGGAAGGGAGAGAAGGGAACCAGUGUAAAAGGAGAACCUGGAAUACCCGGAGCUCAAGGAUCCAAAGGACAGAAAGGGCAACCUGGUGCAUACGGACCACAGGGAGACCCUGGUCAGUGUCCACCCCUCAAUCUUGAAAAGGAAGGUCUCAAGGGCUCCAGGGGAGCAACGGGAGAAAAGGGAGAACCAGGACCACCUGGACGCGAUGGAUACCCCGGUGAUAAAGGACUCCAGGGUAUUACGGGUCCACCGGGGGCUUUGGGAGCGAUUGGAGCACCGGGGCCUGUGGGCCCACGUGGUAACCCAGGUCCUCGUGGAGACAAGGGAGAAACAGGGCCAAUGGGAUUCUUGGGAGAAACUGGUCGCGAUGGAGCAAGAGGUCUACCCGGAACUCCAGCUCCCAAGGGAGUGAAAGGAGAGCCUGGACUCUCUGUGAAGGGAAAUCCUGGUCCCACUGGUCCUGAGGGAAUCAAGGGUGAACGUGGUUUACCGGGACCUGUAGGAAAGGACGGACGUCCAGGAAGCCCUGGCCUGACAGGAUUUAUUGGCGAAAAAGGAGACACUGGAAUACCAGGUCUCGGCGGACUGCCAGGAAUACCCGGAGAAAAGGGAGAUAUGGGACCAGUUGGACCUCAAGGACCACCUGGAGUUGCUGGAACACCUGGUGCUGAUGGACCCAAGGGAGAGCCUGGUCUCACCGGUGACCCUGGAAAACCUGGAAUGCCUGGAUUCCCUGGAGCUAAGGGAGAUAGAGGAGUCCCUGGUACCGACGGCCCCAAGGGUUACGCUGGACUGCGCGGUGCCCCAGGAAUAGCUGGACGCCCAGGCGCUGCCGGAGCACCUGGAGCAAAGGGAGAAGCUGGCCCACCAGGUCCUGAAGGAUUCCCAGGUGCUCCCGGACCGGAAGGACUUCGUGGUUUGGAUGGAUCCCCUGGUCAAAAGGGAGACACAGGCCCCUACGGUCCACAAGGAUUGCCUGGCCCCAUUGGAUUUGAAGGACCAAAGGGAGAUCGGGGUCUUCCUGGUGUAAACGGUAGGAAAGGAGAGCCAGGUCAGGUUUCUGAAAAGGGACAAAAGGGAGAGCCUGGAAUGCCAGGAAUAAGAGGACCGCCAGGACCACAAGGACGCGAUGGAAUCGACGGGCAAAAAGGAGAACAAGGAAGACCGGGAGUUGGACGCGACGGAGCUCCGGGACUCAAAGGACUUCCAGGAAGACCUGGAAAAGACGGGUUCCCUGGACUACAGGGUCCCAAAGGAGAUAUGGGAGUUCGUGGACUACAAGGCCCCAAGGGCGAUACAGGCUUCCCUGGAACUCCUGGGGCACCUGGUUUGAAUGGACUUGAUGGACCUCCCGGAGAAGAGGGAGAAGUCGGUCUCACAGGACCAAUCGGCUUCCCUGGUGUCGACGGAGAAAAGGGAUUGCCUGGAAUACCUGGUCUUGAUGGACUGAAGGGUGAUGCUGGACCGCAGGGUUUAACUGGACUACCCGGUUUCGCCGGUGAGUUCGGAGAAAAAGGAGAUCGUGGUCCACCAGGACCCGUGAUGAACAUAAAGGGAGAUAAGGGAGAGCCAGGAAAUCCAGGGUUCGAUGGCGUCAAUGGCGAGAAAGGAGAUCGUGGAGGACCAGGCUUUGCUGGGCGCGAUGGUGAAAAAGGAGAUCGAGGACCUGCGGGUCCUACCGGGCUUCCUGGAAUUACCGGACUUCAAGGAGAGAAAGGUGACACUGGUCCCAUCGGACCUAUCGGUCUUACGGGGUUGACAGUCAAAGGAGAAAAGGGUCUUCCUGGAUUGAUGGGCAAAAAUGGACGCGACGGAAUCCCUGGUGUACAAGGAGAAAAGGGUGACACCGGUUUCCCAGGUCUACCUGGUUCCCCAGGAAGGGUCGGCCCAGCCGGGCCAAUUGGACCCAGAGGGCAAAAGGGAGAAAGAGGAAUUCAGGGACUUGACGGCAUACCAGGACGCGAGGGGCCUGUGGGACAACCUGGAACACCUGGAGUACAGGGCGAGAGAGGAAGUAAGGGAGAUACCGGUCCUCCUGGAGCAUUCGGGGCGCCAGGGCAGAAAGGAGACCAAGGAGUACCGGGUCAGCCAGGAUUUGACGGUGUAAAGGGGGUAAAGGGAGAUAGAGGCUUGGACGGUUUAGACGGUGCACCUGGACCUCAGGGAGAAAAGGGAGAUCGGGGAUUCCCGGGAGUUGUCGGAGUCCCUGGUAUUGAGGGAUACGCUGGAAUUAAGGGAGAAAGGGGUGAUGACUGUCUACAGCCACCGCCGGGACCGAAAGGAGAACCUGGUUUCCCAGGUGUCAACGGUGCGCCCGGAGCACCGGGAGAGAAGGGACUUCCGGGCAAAGCAGGAUUCCCUGGCAUUGCCGGACCGAAAGGUAACCAAGGGUUCGAAGGAUUCGCGGGUGCUGCUGGUGCUCCUGGACCACAGGGACCGACGGGACCGCCUGGACCAAUCGGACUCCAGGGUCCUCCCGGAUUCCCUGGACUCAAGGGAGACCAGGGUGCUGCUUGUGAGACAACGCCUGAUUAUCUUACCGGUAUUCUUCUCGUGAGACACAGUCAGAGCCAGUCUGUGCCAACUUGUGAACCUGGCCACAUCAAGCUUUGGGAUGGAUACAGUCUCCUGUAUCUGGAUGGAAACGAGAGAGCGCAUUCCCAGGAUCUUGGUUUCGCUGGUUCGUGCAUAAGAAGGUUCUCAACCAUGCCGUUCUUAUUCUGCGACUUCAACAACGUCUGCAAUUACGCUAGUCGCAACGACCGCUCCUACUGGCUUUCCACCAACAGCCCGAUCCCCAUGAUGCCUGUCGAAGAAAAUGCUAUCGAGGAAUACAUCUCCAGAUGCGUCGUAUGCGAAGCCCCAGCGAACGUGAUCGCUGUCCACAGUCAGUCUCUCAGUAUUCCCGAGUGUCCUGGCGGGUGGUCCGGACUCUGGAUCGGUUACAGUUUCGUCAUGCACACCGGAGCAGGAGCGCAGGGUGGAGGUCAGUCGUUGGCAAGUCCUGGUUCAUGUCUCGAAGAUUUCCGGGCAACGCCAUUUAUCGAAUGCAACGGUGCUCGUGGCACUUGCCAUUACUUUGCAAAUAAGUUUAGUUUCUGGUUGGCAACUAUCGAACAAAACCAGCAAUUCCAACGUCCCGAAAAGGAGACUUUGAAGGCCGGUAAUCUCCGUACGAGAAUAAGUCGUUGCCAAGUGUGUAUAAAAAAUACGUAAAAUCGACGAAAAGAACACAAAAACAAAUUAUGAACAUCAAAAGAGAAAGAGUUAUCUCAAAAAAUAACUAAUAGGCUCUCCGAGAAAUACGAAAAUUACAAGAAUAUAUAUAUUUUUUUUACUUCCCACAAAAUGAAACAAAUUAUAAUUAUUGAAUAAAAAUAACAUGAAUAAUAACGACAACGAUUAUGAUACAUUUCAUAAGAAGUGAAAAAGAUUCCAUAUACAUAAUUGAGAAAUUGAUGAGAAAAAUUUAUCCACAUAUCCUCAGAAAUAUACCUCCGCAUACAGACGUGAAUAAAUAAUACGCACACUGGACAAAGAUUGAACUAGAAAUGAAAUUUAUUGCAUAUAAAAUAGAAGAACAGAGUGUAAUGAAAAAAGAUUAUUAUUAUAUUUGUAAUCGAACGUUCAAAACAGAGUCGAUAAGAUUUGUCAUAAUAAUAAUAAUAUUAAUAAUAAUAAUAAUAUUAAUAGUAAUAUUAAUAACGAAUAUAAUAUAUAAAUAUUUUAUAAAAGAGAUAUAACUCUACAGUGUAUUUUUUCGUCGUGAAAUUUUUGUGUUCAUGCGUGUAUAUUAUAUAUAUAUAUAUACGUAUAUAUCUAUGUAUAAAAGUUGAUAUAUAUAUAUUAUAUAUAAAAUACAUGUUUCAAAUUAAUAUAUUAACCUGCAAAAUAUCUGAAGGCUCUUUUUUGACAACGGUUAUGAUGUUGAAUAUGAAUUAUCAUUCACCAAGUGCCUAGCAUACUUUUAGCAUGUAAAAUAAUACAUAUUUAUACAUCAUAUAUAUAAUAUAAAUGUACGGAAAUCUAAGUUUA